GUCUUCUGCGGAAGUUACCCACUCUGCCCACACAAGUCCGGGGCUCUUCAUAAGGUUGACAGAGAACCUGAUUUAAUUGCUGAGCGUCUCCUUGGUGAACAAAGUCAUGUUCGCCCAGGGGUAAAAUAUGCCGCAAGAAUGUGCGACUUGGCGCUGACCAAGUCGCGUCGGGUUCCGUUCAGUGUGAGGGUAGCGGAAAAACGGCCGCCCGAACCCUUUUCCCCGGCUUUGGACUUCUUCCGUUCCAGUGUGUGUCGGGAUUAUGCCGUCAUCGAAGUCAAUUCAGGAGCUAACGCUUCGGCGCUCUCGGAGCUCUCGUUGAGAGUCCGACAUAUAUCCCGGAACCUUUAUGACCUCUCAUUAUAUCUCAGUUCAGACACUACGUGUAUAAACACAAUAAUCCAACAUGGGCGACGCUUCGAUUCUUCACAUGCCGACAACCCUUAUUUUUGGGGGCAAUGGCAAAACCGCUCGUCAACUGACAGCAAUCCUUCGGGACGCCGAUACCCCGCACACCAUCUUCAGCGUUAUCCGCAAUCCGGAACAGGUUCCGGACUUGGAAGCCAUCGGCGCAAAGCCAAUUGUCCAAGACAUCUCUACCGCUUCCGAGGUCGACUUUAUCAAAAUCAUUGAGGGCACCCGGCCCGACGUUGUGGUGUGGGCAGCUGGCGGCAAGGACCCCAAGUCCGCUGAGGCCGUUGACCGGGAUGGAGCCAUUCGCGCCAUGGAUGCCCUGGCCAAGGCCAACGUGGUCGCCAAACGCUACAUCGUCGUCAGCGCCCUCGACGUCCGCGACCGAGACAGCAAGCCCGUUCCGGACUGGUAUACCGAGGCCGAUGAGAAGCUCAGCGACCGCAUGUGGGGUAUCAUCGGUCCCAUUCUCCGGGCUAAGCUAGCGGCCGACACGGAGCUGAGGGUGGGGAAUGCGGCUCGCAAGCUUAGCUACACCAUUGUGAGACCCGGUGGCUUGACUGAGGGACCUAGCACCGGAAAAGCACGGGCAGGAAAGGUUGGCACCGUCGGUAUGAUUCCUAGAGAAGAUGUCGCCAAGGUCGUCUACGCGGCGAUCCAGAACGAGCAGACCUACGGGCUGGCCUUUGAUGUGCUGGGGCCCAACGACGACAGCCCAACGAUCAAAGAAGCUGUCUCACAAGUGGCAAAACAUCAUGAAGAUACGUUUGAGGGUUAUUAUUAGGCAAACAAAUUCAAUAGCCAUCAUUCUUCAAUGUCUUGCAGACAGCAAGAUCAGAUCCAACACCAUCUCGGUUUCCAUUGAGACAGGGAGCAUCGAAAAUGGAUCAUUCUCCUUACAUGGUGAAGUAGGCGUGGAUGCUUCUGUCGCUCAGAUCCUUACGGGCUUCCAUGGCAAGUAGCAUUACCUCCUCCUUGGUCCAAUUGUGGGCUCGAGUCAGAGGCGCCAUGAUGAAUCCUUCCCAAUUGACAGCAAGAUUCUCAUAGGUCCAUGCUCCGAGUUCUUUGUAGUUCCGGUCCUUCGGCCACGUAUUUGUGGGCCACUUGUAUCUCUCCAAGUGGACAUCCUCAAAGCCAACAUCGGCCAUAAUACCAGC